GCUCUACAAUUAGUCAAAAAAUGCCAAAUGAAAAGGCUGUAUUGUCCGUCGUAAUCAGAUUCUUGUAAAAAAUGGCAAAAACCUAUGACUAUUUAUUCAAGUUACUCCUUAUAGGAGAUUCAGGAGUGGGUAAAACCUCAAUCUUGUUUAGAUUUUCAGAGGAUGCUUUCAAUAUAUCCUUCAUAUCAACCAUCGGCAUCGACUUUAAAAUUAGGACAAUAGACCUUGAUGGCAAAAAAGUUAAGCUACAGAUAUGGGACACAGCAGGUCAGGAACGGUUUCGUACAAUAACCACCGCCUACUACCGUGGCUCCAUGGGAAUCAUGCUUGUAUAUGAUGUUACUAAUGAAAAAAGCUUUGAAAAUAUCAAAAACUGGAUAAGAAACAUAGAAGAGAAUGCAAGUGCCGAUGUUGAAAAGAUGAUCCUUGGAAAUAAGUGUGAUUUAGAUUCUAAAAGACAGGUAUCAAAAGAGAGAGGUGAACAACUAGCAAUAGAAUAUCAGAUAAAGUUUGUUGAAACAUCAGCAAAGGAUUCUCUAAAUGUUGAGACUGCAUUUUUCACCUUGGCGAGAGAUAUCAAAGCGAAAAUGGAAAAGAAACAGAAGGAGGCGAGCAACCCGCAGGCGCGCAGCGGCGGGCACCAGCUGAAGGCCAACGAGCAGCAGCGCAAGCCCGCGUCCUGGCUGUCGCGCUGCUCGCUGCUCUGACCGCCCCGCGCCCCGCGCGCCCGCCCCGCCGCCGCCGCCCUACCACGACUUACCCAAAUACUUAUCCCAAUUUAAUAAUACAUCAUAAACUCAUCCAUACAACAUCCAAAACAUAUUUUUUGACCUUCACUUUUAAACUGGUGCAUGAACAUUUGAACAUAAUCUAAUCCAAUAGGGGUGGGACACGCUUUUUGUAUUUUUAUAAAAACAACUUAAAUAAUUUCUUGUAAACAGUAUUUCGUCAGAAUUUUUUAGCUGUAAAUUUCGUUUACUUUUGAAGUGACAAUUCUUUGUAAGUUACAUAAAUAGGGAACUUAAUUGGUGUUAUGUUUUAAUGGAUAAAUUUUUAAAGAUAUUAUUUCAAUUCAUAGAUUAUUUAGCUGUAUGUACUUUUCCUUUUUGCUAUUUUAAUUAAGAAUUAUAUAUAUUUUAAUGUAAUAUAUACUAUUUAAUUUGAAUAAACAGUGCUUUUAUACACA